ACGGGGGAGGCUGCCUAAUGCCAAGAAUGUGGAGAAAAGGGUCUCUUUCACAGACAUUUCUGACCUGGAGCAGCACAAGCCUCAACACAAUCGGCUCAGCCUUUGUGGAUAUUCUGAGAUUCGUGAUCUAGGUGAUCUUCGUGACUUACUUUCCAACUUAAAGGAUCGAGGGCUGCUUCCAACAUCAAUAGCAUUAGAUGAACUCUUUACCAGCCUUGAUCAGUCUACCCCUUCCUUGAGUGAGCGAGCUCCACCAGAGGGCCAGGAGGACCCCCCCCUACACCAGUCCAUCAUCAGCCUAACACCGAGCAAUGCUGAUGAUGAUAGCAACAACAACAACAGCAGCACAGACAUCUCAAGUGACAUGUGGAAGUGUCUCCCGGGGGAAAAGCAGGAGCAGGGGGUGUUAUCAGCAGCAGUGGUGCAGCGAACCAACAUCAUUGAUGGGCUGAGAUGGGAAGAGCUAACCAAGAUGGGACAUGAGCUGCUGGAGAAGGCCACAACAGACCCGAGCAUCCUGGACUGCCAGCCAGUCACUUCCACCAGAGCCUUAUUGAGCCAGGAACAGCUAGCUACAGGGACGAGACCCAAGCAGAAGCAGCUGAUGGCCAUCAGGGCAGAGGCCCAGAUGCAGAGAGAUGGGAUGGGGAGAUUGCAGGUCAGGAGGUCCAAGUCAAUGCUCUCAUCUGAUGAGAGGAGGAGGCUGUACAAAAAGAGUUUUCGUAGGGAUAAGGCUCCCCCAAGCCUGUACAUUCCAGUCAAAGUAGACGGCAAAAAAUUUAGGGAAGAGGAAAGGCGACUUGCCCUGGAGGUUGCUCAGGGGCAGUCGAACCUCGUAACCCCAGGCAGAAUUACGGAUUAUAAGUUAGAUGAAUGGAUUAUGACUCAUGUGCUAGCACUGCCUGAAGAGAAACUUUAUCGGGUGUUUGCUGCUCGAGAGGGUCACAGUAGCGGGCACAGCAUAGGAGUCCAGGUUGUCUUAUCAACACAAACGCUCUACAUACUGGCACCAAGACUGAAGGGUUCCAAACCUCGACAUAUCCUACCUUAUCAUGAUAUUCAUACCAUCAUAGUGGGAGCCAAUGAUCAGUGGGUUUGUGUGUUGAGCAAGGAAGCUGUGCAUGAUGACCUCGCCACCACUGGCAACAACACUGGCAUUCAGUUAGACAUUGGUGACCCUGAUGUUACUCAUGCCAUUGUGAGUUGCCUUGAAUUGGCAAUUAGGAGGCACUUUGCUGCUCUCAAACUAGGAACAGCAUUGAGGAAGGAAGAACAUUACAUUGAUUAUCGAGAUUUAUUCCCACCUGGAAAAUUGAAACUCACACGUUCUAUCACCAGAGAGUGUGAAGACAACUUAUCAAACUCUUUAUUAGAGGAAUCUUUGCUCAGUGCAUGGGACACAAGGAAAAACUCAGCUGAUCACAGUCAUGAAUCCUCUGAAAUAACGCAGGACCUCUCAGCUGCCACUCCGGGAUCGGUCGUCAGUCAGGACUUGAGUGAGGCAAGUCAGGACCUCACUGAGGCUAGUCACGACCUGACUGAAGAGAGUCAUGACCUAACAGAACCCAGCCAUGAUCUUACUGAGGCCAGUCAUGAGUUAAUUGAGGACAAUUCAGACUUAACUGAAGCCAGUCAAGAUAUUUCUGAAGCUAGUCAAGAUAUGACAGAAACAAGUCAGGAUUCCAGUGAGGCCAGUAAUGAUUUGACAGACCCAAGUCCUGAGUCUGUGGACGAGAGUCCAGACAUGACUGAUGCUAGUCAAGCCUCAGUUGAUGCCAGUGAAGAAGAUAUACUUAAUGAAAGCCAAAGUCCAAGAUCAAUGGAAGGAAGCCAACAAUCUUCCUACAUGAGUCAAACACAGUCAAGCAGAACACAGAUACACUCGAAGAUGAUGCAAACAUCUGUGAACACUAGCCAGGAGUCAUACCUGGAGGAGAAUGAAGUACCAGCCAAUAAGAAUGAAGUUGCUGUCUUACAGGAGGAAGAAAAGGAGUCAGAAAAUGGAAACAUCACAGAGAAGGAAGAAGACAAAGUUGAGGAGUUGGAAGAGGAAACCUGUCCUGUGAAUAUCCACCUGGAAAAACAGUAUGGCAUGCCCAUAUACGCAGGUGGUUAUUCACGGUGGAAUGGGACUCUUCAUGACAGAAGUCUGCCUGCAGUAGUGGUCCAUCCAGCCUGGGAACUAGCUGGGCUGAGAAGGUGGUUGAGGGCUCAACUGCGACUACAGAGUGGGCCUGAGGUGGUUGGGUGCUGGAUGGCUGACUGGGAGGAUGGCAGCAGCUUAGGAGGGGAUGCCGUAUCUGGGCCUCUGGGACCUACCAAUGAGGGCCAUUGA